GAAUCAGACUCACCCAUAGACUGUAUGAAAUAGGACUCACAGGUCAGAUUCAGAAACACUGUUCACACUGUUUUAAGUUCAUCUGUGAAAUUCAGCUUUACUACAAUCAGCGAUCACAAAAUCAAACAUGUCAAGCUGGAACAGAAACAGGACGGCGAUGCUAAACAACGAAGAUAACAUUGCAGAGAGACACCAGAGACAAGAACGUCCUGGUGUGUUCAGGAGUAGGGACGGGAUGGUGGACCCCCAGACAACACAGAGAGAAGCUCCGCUCCAUCAAUCAGAGAUUGUGUGCAUGAGACUCCAAGCAGUCCAGAGGGCUGUUUUGGAUCGGUUGGGACUGCAGAACUAUCAGGGCCCAUCAGUAGACAACAGCAGGACAACACAAGGGAAUACAUUACAGAGAAGUCCAGAAAUAAUUGAAAAAGACAACAUCAGAGACUGGUCCUACAACCAAGUUUUUGGCACAUCUGAGCGGUGUGUCAGAAGUCCAGUAUCUAACAUACCCCAACCAAGGAGAAGGGUGUUAGGCAUCCCGGUGAUGAGUAGGACCAUCAGGGGAUCUGACAAAAAAGACAUUGGUGGAUACCCACUACAGACGACUAAGGAUCAGCUUGAAGAAAUCCGUAAUGGGUGGGAAAACUUUAGACAAAAUUUUUUCACCCAUCAACGUAAACCUCCAAUGGGUCAGAGGAGAAAAAAACUGCCACCUUUGAAUCAAGUUCCAGUUCAGACACCAGUCCCAGCCAAGAAGAUGACCACAAGGGAUGCAUGGACACAAACAGAUGAUUUCCCCCCAACCCCUCCAUCAAAGCGUGCUUCCACAAAUGAUGCAUUGAGUGAAACAAAGAAUUUCACCCCAACUCCUCCAGCAACACCUGCUCCUGCAAGAAAGAACUGGGGUCGAAGGCGAGGUUUUAUCCCAACCCCUGCACUAGGACCUGAGGAGACAUAUGCUGUGAAGGAAUAUCUAAGGCCAACUCCUCCAGCAAAGCCUGCUCCUGCAAAAAGGAACGGGGGUCAAAGACAGGGUUUUAUCCCAACCCCUGCACCAGAACCUGAGGAGUUUGAGGAGACAUAUGCUGUUCAGGAAGAUGUAAGGCCAACUCCUCCAGCAAAGCCUGCUCCUGCAAAAAGAAACGGGGGUCGAAGACAGGGUUUUAUCCCAACCCCUGCACCAGAACCUGAGGAGUUUGAGGAGACAUAUGCUGUUCAGGAAGAUGUAAGGCCAACUCCUCCAGCAAAGCCUGCUCCUGCAAAAAGGAACGGGGGUCUAAGGCAGGGUUUUAUCCCAACCCCUGCACCAGAACCUGAGGAGUUUGAGGAGACAUAUGCUGUUCAGGAAGAUGUAAGGCCAACUCCUCCAGCAAAGCCUGUUCCUGCAAAAAGGAACGGGGGUCGAAGGCAGGGUUUUAUCCCAACCCCUGCACCAGAACCUGAGGAGUUUGAGGAGACAUAUGCUGUUCAGGAAGAUGUAAGGCCAACUCCUCCAGCAAAGCCUGCUCCUGCAAAAAGGAACGGGGCUCGAAGGCAGGGUUUUAUCCCAACCCCUGCACCAGAACCUGAGGAAUUUGAGGAGACAUAUGCUGUUCAGGAAGAUGUAAGGCCAACUCCUCCAGCAAAGCCUGUUCCUGCAAAAAGGAACGGGGUUCGAAGGCAGGGUUUUAUCCCAACCCCUGCACCAGAACCUGAGGAGUUUGAGGAGACAUAUGCUGUUCAGGAAGAUGUAAGGCCAACUCCUCCAGCAAAGCCUGCUCCUGCAAAAAGGAACGGGGGUCGAAGGCAGGGUUUUAUCCCAACCACUGCACCAGAACCUGAGGAGACUGAGGAGACAUAUGAUGUUCAGAAUGUUUGCAGUAGCAUUGCAGAGCUGGAUCCAAUCAAAGAACCAGGGAAAAGUGUUUCCCUCAGCUUCGAACUGAUCAGCGAUUCAGACUGGGAAAAGAAGGUAUCAGGACUUAAGAUGAUCAAGGCUCUGGCACAGCACAAUCUAGAGGAGCUGAAUUCCAGGCGUAUUGACGUGUGUCUCAACGUGACAGAGGAGAUUAAAAAUCCGCGCUCUGCUGUGGCCUCUGCAGCGAUAGACACCUUGGUGUAUCUUUUAGUCUACUUCAAAGAAAAUUUGGAAAGUCAGGUGGAGGACAUGGUCCGAGCUCUACUGCAGAAGAUUGUCCAAGCAAAUGCCAAUGCCUUUCUCCGGAAGCAGGUCUUGGGGGCCCUGGAGGUACUAGUGCAGAACAGCAGCCCAGGACGAGUAAUAAAGGUUCUGGUGCAAACAGGACUAAGCCAUCUGAAUUCUGCGGUGAGAGAAGCUUCUGCAUGUCAGCUACAUGUGCUGGCUGAUAAACUCAAGAUGACUGGAAUCUUGUCGGCUGGAAAGGCGUUCACUGAGAACUUUCUGGCUGCUGUCAACAAGAUGGCUCUGGACUCAGCUGCGGAAGUUAGGAAACAUGGACUCGCCAUCCUCCAGGAUGUGGCGGCUCAUAAAAGCUUCAGGAAGCACUGGGACAGAGUCGUGAUCCGAAAAGAUCGGCCUUACCUAGAGAAGAUCCUGUCAAAGAUGAAGAACUAGAAGAGGAGCAGCAGGAGAGCGGGUGAGUUAGGUAAGUAGGGCAGCACAGCGGUGGUCAGUGGUUAGCACUGAUGCCUCACAUCUAGAAGCAGCAGCUUUUAAAGCAGACCCCAGGCUGCUCUAAAAGCUGCUUCUUUUGCUGUGAGGAGUUUGUAUGUUCUCCCUGUGACUGCAUGGGUUUCCUCCGGGUACUUCCGGUUUCCUCCCACUUUCCAAAAACAUGCAGGUCAGGUAAAUUGAAGACUCUAAAUUGGCCCAAAAUUUGAAUUCAAUUCUUCAUAUGUUCUAAUUCUCAAUAAAAAAAA